AUGGACUGGAACAGAUCGAGAAAAUCAAUAGAGAAAAAGCACCUUUCAACCUCUGUCUCUGCUACCCAAUCACCCGCCGGCUUAAUCGCCCUUCGCACCCUCGUACUCUCUCGCUUCUCCGGUCAGGUCCCUUCCUCCAUCUCCAACCUUCGUGGUUCUGGCAGGAAAGUUCCAUUGCAAGGCACCGAUUCCAUAUUCACAUAA